GCUGGUCUGGAUGGAGAAAACAUUGGGAACUGCCCCUUCUGCCAGCGCCUGUUCAUGGUGCUGUGGCUCAAAGGGGUCAAGUUCAACGUCACCACGGUGGACAUGACCAGGAAACCUGAAGAGCUGAAGGAUUUGGCGCCAGGCACCAACCCGCCCUUCUUGCUGUUCAACAGGGAGCUGAAAACCGACUUCAUCAAGAUCGAGGAGUUCCUGGAGCAGACCCUGGCCCCCCCCACGUAUCCGCGCCUCAGCCCCAGGAACAAGGAGUCCUUCGAUGUGGGCAGCGACAUCUUCGCCAAGUUCUCGGCGUACAUCAAGAACCCGCGCAAGGAAGCGAACAACA